CUCUCUAGUACUUGAAUCUCGUGUUUCGACUUUAGCGAUAGAUUCUCCCCCAAACCCCCACUUUUCAAUGGCGGAUCAUCAAUCUUCUCAAAGCCCCAGCCUUUCCACUUCCCCACCUCCUCCUCCUCCUCCUCCUCCACCUACCCUUCAAUCAACAACCUCGGAACCACCGCCUCCACCGACACGCUCCUCCCUCUUCCCCUUUCUCACCUCUCUGAACAGACCGAAGCUCCGCGUGACGUCUGAAUUCGACAGCGACAGUCUCCUCUUCCUGAACAAAGUCUCUUGCAAGCUUUUCGACAACCUCGCGAAGCUCAAGCUGUCGUUUCAGAACAACUCCCAGCGCGAGGUCACUCAGCCUCAGCUCUCUCUCACUUCCAAGUACCUCUCUGUUCUCUACGAUGUCGAGGAGAAGAACACUUUCAUCAAGAGCACUGUUGAUGUUUCCCCUCGCCUUCAGCUACGAGCUCUUCACAACGUUAAUGCACAACAAGGAGAGGUUGCUAUGGAGGCAAACCUUGCUGAGCCUGGCUACUCUCUGGAGCUUUCAUCGCCUGUUCCUAUUGGUUACCCAAGAGCGACUCUUAAAUUCCCACUAGGUGAAGUUUCGAUACAAGAGAGAGAAGAGGAGGAGGAGGAGGAAGAGGAGAGGAAGAAUAAGAGAAUGUUAUCUGUUAAUGGGAUCCUUAAACGUCAAGUUAUGGAUGGUGUUUGUUCUGCUUUGUACACAGAUGAAGAGUUGAGGCUAAGAUAUGCUUAUAAGGAUGAUGCAUUGUCUUUCAUCCCAACCAUCUCCCUUCCUUCCAACGCUGCUUCAUUUGCAUUCAAGCGCCGGUUUAGCCCUUCUGAUAAGUUGAGCUACUGGUACAAGUUUGAUUCAAACAUGUGGAGUGCAGUGUACAAACGCACAUAUGGUAAAGACUACAAGUUCAAAGCUGGUUAUGAUUCUGAAGUACGCCUUGGCUGGGCUUCUCUCUGGGUGGGGGAUGAAGCUGGGAAAGUGAAAACGACACCAAUGAAGAUGAAAGUGCAGUUCAUGCUUCAAGUUCCACAAGAUGACAUCAAAACCUCAGUCUUGAUGUUCCGAGUCAAGAAAAGAUGGGACAUUUGAAUGAGAAAAGAAAAAUCUAGAAUCACAGAGUCUCAUUUACACUUUUGCAUACUCUCUCUGUAAUACUGUUGUGAAACCACUGUAAUAAAGAUUUAGUGUAAACCUUCUUUUCAAAUCUGCAAAAUUGUCUUCCUUCACUAAA